GGGACACCGAGUUCUGAUAAGCAACGUUUACCAUGCCUAGAUGACCCUUAUCUGCGCCCGCGGCCUGGGCGCGGCGGCGGCCGAGGCCGAAUUCGUGGCCCUCCUCACGGCCGCCGCGGCCGCCGGUGACCUGCUCUCCGGCGCCUCCCUGCACACGCGGUACGCUAAAGCGCACAUCCCGCCCACCACCUUCCUCGCCAACCACCUGCUCCUCUUCUGCUCUCGGCUCGCGCUCCCGGCGCUCGCCCGCCGCCUGUUCGACGAAAUGCCGCUCCCCAACGUCUUCUCCCACAACGCGCUCCUCGCCGCGCACGCGCGCAACCCGCGCCUCGCCUUGGAGCUCUUCGGGCGCAUCCCCGACCCGGACGUCUCGCCGCCUUCGCGUCGGCUCUUGCCGCGGACGCGCUGCGUCUACUAUCGACCAUGCGCCGCGGGGGCCUUGUUGUUGACGGCUUCACUGUAUCAUCUGCCGUCUCGGCUGUGACCGGCAUUGCUUCCGUGGCGCAGCUGCAUGCUUAUGCUGUCGUAUCUGGUCUCGGUUCGUAUGUCUCCGUCAGGAACUCACUGAUGAGUGGCUAUGGCAAGGGAAGGCUCUUGGAAGAGGUUGAAAGGGUGUUCGCUGAUAUGGGUGGCAGCGUGCAUAAUCAUGUGUCAUGGAACUGCAUGAUUGCUGUGUAUGGUCAGCACGGACAUGGCCGCAAGGCUAUGGAGCUGUUCCAGGGCAUGGCCAGGCAGGGGUUCACUGCUGACGCUUGCACUCUGGCCAGCGUGCUAUCAGCCUUUGCCACAGCAAAGGACAUGGUUGCUGGAACGGGACUCCACUGCAGGCUGAUCAAGAGUAAGUUCACUCGUGAUCCACAUGUAGCAAGUGGCCUUGUUGAUUUGUAUGCCAAAUGUGGUAGUGUUCAGGAUACGUGGAAGGCAUUCAGUGAGGUUGACAAGCCUGAUCUGGUGCUAUGGAACACACUUAUAUCUGGGUACUCGUUGCAUGAGGAUUUCUCCGAGGAAGCACUCCUUUCCUUCCGCGCAAUGCAAAGAGCUGGGUUCUGCCCAGAUGAUUGCAGCUUUGUCUGUGUGACCAGUGCCUGCUCCAACAUAUCAUCACCAUCACAAGGGCAGCAGCAACAUGGAUUGGUGAUAAAGUCCGAUAUACGGAGCAACAAGAUUUCUGUUCAUAAUGCAAUGAUCACACUGUAUUCGAGAUGUGGAAAUGUGAACGAGGCCAAGAUGUUGUUUGAUAGGAUGACAGAAAGGAAUACUGUGUCGUAUAAUUCAAUAAUCGCAGGCCUUGCACAACAUGGACAUACUGCCGAAGCACUCAAGUUCUUUGAAGGCAUGCUUAAUUCAGAAUUUGAACCGACAGGAAUAACCUUCAUUUCAGUGUUGUCAGCAUGUGCUCACACUGGAAAAGUCGAUGAAGGAUGGGACUAUUUCAACUCAAUGAAGCAGAAAUAUGACAUUGAGCCUUGUGAAGAGCACUACUCUUGCAUGAUCGACCUACUUGCCCGUGCUAAGAAGUUCGAGGAAGCUGAAGAGCUUAUAAUGAAAAUGCCUUUUAGCCUCAGCUCAGUUGGUUGGACUUCCUUGCUUGGUGCUUGCAGGACACAUGGAAACAUGGAGCUUGGAGCAAGAGCAGCCAAAGAGAUUCUUCAUUUGAGUCCUUCCAAUGCAUCAGCACCUGUCAUGCUCUCAAAUAUGUAUGCUAGUGCUGGUAAGUGGGAAGAGACUGCAAAAAUAAGGAAGCUCAUGAGAGAUCAGGGCAUUAGAAAAAAGCCUGGCUGCAGUUGGAUAGAGCUAGGUAGAGCAGUUCAUAUAUUUGUUGCCAAUGAAGUUUCACAUCCUAGAAUCAAAGAGGUACACAGAUUCUUGGAGGUGAUGUCAGGGAAAAUGAGGCUUGCAGGGUAUGUGCCAGAUGUAAGAUGGGCUUUGGCAAAGGAUCAGGCAGCAGAAGGGGAGAUGAGGUUGAGGCAUCAUAGCGAGAAGCUUGCUGUGGCCUUUGGUUUAAUGAAGACAAAAGAAGGAGAACCUAUACUUGUGAUGAAAAACCUAAGGAUAUGUGGUGAUUGUCAUAAUGCUAUCAAAAUCAUUUCUGCUAUAACUCGCAGGGAGAUCACUGUCAGAGAUGCACACCGGUUCCAUUGCUUUAGUGAUGGAAGCUGCUGUUGUGGAGAAUAUUGGUGAAAACUUCACUCGUGUAGUUCCUGAGCAAAUAGCACUGAUGUUUUGUUUCAGUCAUCACUUGGGUUGAGAUCAUUGCUGUAGAGUUGAAAGUAGAUUAUUGCUGUGGUGUUGGAAGAAGCUCUUGUAAGUCCACGACAUAGGGAUCAAAUACUUGGAAGGCAGGUGACUUGUGAUUGCUAAAAGUCUUAAAGGUGUCAGUGUCACAAUGGAUAAGGUAUGUUGCAUGAGGAAUGAAGUGUUCCUGGAGUUGGCAUGGAGCUGUCAGAAUUACUUCAGCUUUCUUAUUCUAGUUGCUCUCCAGAGUGAAGAUGAGUUUGGUGGACAUUGCACCCUCUCAUCAGCACUCGAUGGAGCCAUAGCUGCACACACUUGCAACAUGAGUGCGGCGAUGACAUAAGCUAAUCUGUACCAGUUCCGAUCCGAUUGGCUUCAAUGCGAUGGUGAGCACCUGCACCUGCAACUCAAGAUGCUGUGAGAGCAAGACUGCACUUUCAGUUCAUGCACCCUGAGACAUUCUUUGAAGUGCUUCACACAAGAGUACAAGAACGUUGCUUUCGAGCUCCUUGUCGUCUGGAACGUUUGCCAAGCAAAGGCUUUGUUGGCGUGUCCGCCACUGCGGGCGUAUAAGACGCAUCGCCGCCCGGCACCUGCAAGGCAAGGAGCAAAGUCAGUCUUCUAAUUCGGAUCGGAGUAAAGCUUCCGCAGCUGCAUGGCCAGUGCCUCGUCGUGUCCCGUCUACUGCCCCCGCGUCUUCAUCCGGUGCUCGGCCUCGGAUGGCGGCGGCGGGCAGGGGCAGCACAGGAGUAGCAGCAACAAUGCCGUCAGGGUAAACGGCGCGGCGCACCGCGCGCCGCUGCAGGUGGGGGCAGCGCUGGAGACAUCCAUCAACAGGUCGCUCGCCGAGCUGAGCGCGCCGGUGCUGACGCCUCCGCCGUCCACCGGGGGCGGCGGCGAGGAGUGCGUCCGGCAGAACAUCCCGACGGAGAAGCAGACGGUGGACCCUUUCCGGCAGGCGCUGAUCGUGGAGGGCGGGGUACGGUACCAGCAGACGGUGGUGGUGCGGUCGUACGAGGUUGGUCCGGACAAGACGGCCACCAUGGAGACCGUGCUGAACCUUCUCCAGGAGACAGCGCUGAACCAUGUCUGGAUGUCAGGCCUGCUCGGCGACGGCUUCGGUGCCACGCAUGGGAUGAUCAAGAACAACCUCAUCUGGGUCGUUUCGAGGAUGCACGUACAAGUCGAUCAGUACCCGAUCUGGGGAGAGGUGCUGGACAUCGACACGUGGGUUGGCUCGUCGGGGAAGAAUGGCAUGCGGCGCGACUGGCUCAUCCGCGGCCGCAACUCGGGUGACAUCUUCGUCCGAGCAACCAGUACGUGGGUGAUGAUGAACAAGGAGACGAGGAGGCUGUCCAAGAUGCCGGAGGAGGUCCGGGGCGAGAUCGCGCCGUGGUUCAUCGACCGGCAUGCCAUCGAGGAGGAGGCCGCCGAGAAGAUCAUCAAGCUCGACAGCAACGCCAAGUAUGUCGAUUCCGACCUCAAGCCGAAGCGAAGUGAUCUGGAUAUGAACCACCACGUAAACAAUGUAAAAUACGUGAGGUGGAUGCUUGAGACUCUUCCUGAUCCCUUCCUGCAACAGCACCAGCUUAGCAGCAUCAUCCUGGAGUACAGGAAGGAAUGUGGGAGCUCAGAUGUUGUGCAGUCAAUUUGCCAACCUGAUGAAGACUCAGUUCCACCAGAGGAAAAUGUCAGCAUGGUCACUGGGCCUUCACUUUUGCCAGAGAUAAUCAGUGGCCACCACAGCUUGGCAGGUGCACUCCAACAAUGGCCAACGAAAUACACGCAUCUUCUGCAACUGAAAGCAGGUGAUAAGCAUGAGGAGAUUGUGCGAGGGAGAACUACGUGGAAGAAAAAAUCAUAUAAAGCCCCAUAACUGUGUAUGUUCUUUUCAAAAAAAAAAAACUUUGUGUAUGUUGGAAAUGUACUUGCUAUACGCAUCUGGAUGCAGUGAAAAAAAGAAAUUGAAUUAAACUACUAUGAAAUAGUUAGUCAUGUCUUCUCGGCUGCCUCGAUACCAAAAAAGAAUCUUCACAUCGUCCUCGAUGUGAUGUCCCUUGUACAAAACAACCUAUCAAUUGUAUUUUAUUUGCACU